AGGAGACUAAAAUCACAGAAAACUUCAAUCAUCAUCACCAUGCAUGUGUCUGAAUGCCAGAAGAUUUGUAACAUCUGAAAAGAGGAAAAAGAAGAGAACGCAUACUCAUUCAUCCCGGCUCACCAUAGAGAAAACAAGACCAUAAAUCUGUGCUUAGACAUGGCCAGUACUCAGACAAGUCUGAAAACCCCGUUCAAAGACUUGACCUCUUUCAAGGGCAGCAUGAAGCGUCUGUACAGGGAGCGACUGGAAGACGCACCCAUAAAAAAACGGGUGAUGGCUGAAAUCAAUUUGAAGAGGCGCAGCCUGGACUCCCUCCCCAGAACCCCCAAGGUGAAGAGGGAGCACGUGGAGGAGCUCCAGCGUGACUCGGACAUGGACGUGGAAGGCAGGGCAGAACUGCAUAUGUUAGGCUCGGCCAAACCACUGGACCUGAGCCCCGGGCUCAAACACACCCUGGCCCAGUUCACCCUCAGCAGUCAGAGCUCUCUGGGGGGUCCGGCUGCCUUCUCGGCACGCACCGGCCCAGAGUCCUCCUCCUCCCCCACAGGCAUGGCCCCUCUGCCCUCUCCCCCGAUCCUGGGGGGCGGCCCCCUGCUGGUGCCCUGCGACAGCUCCACGGAGCUCACCCACUCCCUCCUGGAGGGAGAGUCCAUCUCCUGCUUUGCCGUAGGGGGGGAAAAACGACUGUGCCUGCCCCAGGUCCUUAACUCAGUGCUGCGCGACUUCUCGCUGCAGCAGAUCAACGCAGUUUGCGACGAGCUCUACGUCUACUGCUCGCGCUGCGACGCGGAGCAGCUGCACAUCCUCAAGGUGCUCGGCAUCCUGCCCUUCAACGCCCCGUCCUGCGGCCUCAUCACCCUGACGGACGCCCAGAGGCUCUGCAACGCCCUGCUGCGCCCGGGGGGCACCCUCCCCGCCGACGCCUCCGGCAAGCUCCCGGUUCAGGGCCUGCUGAAGGAGAGCGAGGCCAGCUUCCAGGUGGAGCACCAGUGCCUGGGGAAGUGCCAGGGUCUGUUCGUGCCCCAGUUUUACGCCCAGCCCGAGGCGCCUUGCAUCCAGUGCGUGGAGUGCCAGCUGCUCUUCUCGCCACAGAAGUUUGUCAUGCACUCUCACAAGUCGCCCGACAAAAGGACCUGCCACUGGGGCUUCGAUUCGGCCAAGUGGCCCUGCUACCUGCUGCUGGGGAAGAAGUACCUGGGCUCGGCCGAGGAACCCAUGCUCAGGCGGCUGCUGGAGGAGAUGAAGGAGAAGUUCCACUACCAGCUCAAGAGGUCGCUAGACAAAAAGCCUGUGGACGAGGUGAGGAGAUCUCCCACAGAGCUGUGCUCCCCCAGCGCUAAACAGCUCGACACCGACUCCGGAAGAAAGGGUAAAGGUCCACCCUCGCUGGUCUUCAACCGCCUGUUCUCUGACAUCAAAGAGGAGUCCAGCCACGCUCCUCUGGUGCAUCCCAGUUACUACCUGUACACCUACGAUAAGAUGGUGGCCCCCAACGUGUCCCUGAGGAGGGAGGAGGAGGUCAGCCCUGACGUGCUGGGAGCUCUGCUCAAACACCACUACAGCAGGAGAGGCCUGGCUGCCCAGGAGCCUGCCAUGGAUCUCCACGCGUCUCCUCCCGCCCCCUCCGAAGCCGAGGACGCCAAAUCCCAGCGAACAGCCGCCGAGGAGAGAGAGCAAGAGCGGGAAUGCGAACCGCGGGCUGUUUCCAUGGAGAUCAGCCUGGGCAGCAGGAAAGCCGCCCACUCCCCGCCCCCCCCUCCUCUUCACUCGGGGGCGUCGGCUGUGACGAGCGAGGACGCGGGGGGAGAGGACGACAAGGACAGGAUUGUGGUGGAGAUCAUGCAGAUGUACAGCAGGCAGCAGGAGAAACUCAACUGCACCCUGCAGAAACAGCUGCAGCUGGAGAUGGAGCUGGAGGCGGUGUGCGGGGGCGAGGCGGCGCGCCUGCGGGAGCUGUCUGCAGAGCGGAGCCAGCUGCAGGUGGAGCUGGAGGCGGUGCAGGCGGAGCAGGCCCAGCGGCUGGAGAAGGCCCGGCAGGAGCAGUGGGAGCUGGAGGCUCGUCUGGACCAGCUCAGGCAGCAGAGCUGCGUGUGUGAGCCCGGGGCCACGCAUCUGCAGGAGGCCCAGUACACCACCCAGCUGGUGGACCUGCGUCAGAGGUUGGAGCGGGCGGAGGCCGACAGGCUGGAGCUGCAGGGGGAGUUGAGGCAAGAGCGCGAGGCGCGGGAGAAGCUGGAGUGCUUGAUCUCCCAGCUCCGGCAGCAGAUGGCCCAGUCUGGCACGGCGGGAGGCAGCCCCUCCCCUCCCCCGACCCCGUCCUCCUCCACUGGCCCCCACAGCCUCUCCCCGCUGCCCGCCUCCUCGGAGGCCCCCGAGGAGGCUGCCUCUGGCCAAAAGUAGCCGCCGUCGUCUCCUCCCCUCCCUCGAUCCAUCAAUCUAUUUUCUUUCUUCAUCUCCCACCAGCCCUGCCGCCCUUCCAACUCCACACCCUGCCGCCAGUUCAAGACUACAUACUGUAAACAAAAACAAAACAGCUUGAGCCUGAAAGAAGAACUCUCUUGACUUCUUUAGCCCCUACUACCCCCCCCCCCCCACACACACACCCAUAACUGUUGCUUGUUGUCUCAACAACUUGUCUUCUUCUCCUUCCCACCUCCCUUUGAUUUUUUUUAUACAUAUAUAUAUUUUAGCAAUGUAGAAACUUGUCAUUGUUUUAUUUUUAAUACAUCACUUCAAAGUUCUUUGUUGUUUUUUUAUUUUGUAUUAUUUUUUCCAAUCAUUUCCCUCGAUCCUUAAAACAGUAUUUAAAACCUUUUUUGGGAUGUAUAUGUUUGUUUUUAUUUAUAGUUUUACUGAAACCGCGAAACAGCUGCUUCACAGAGUUGGGGCUCUGUUUUCCUCCUUCCCUUGUUCCCUCAUUCCUUCUUUCUUCUUAUUGGACACUGGACUUGACGUGUCGUAAACCUACAGACACUUGGGAGUUGACACAGACUCUGAUCCCAGCAUCUUUACUCUGAUUGAGUGGAACUCUACUUCGUACUUCUGGCACGGCAACCGGGGCCCAAGGACACAAAAUGGCGGCCAUGCUCGCGUGCUCUGUCUCUGCACAUUCAGCCAGUGCUCAGUACCAGCCACAGCAGGAAACUGCAUGGACAUUUUCAUUUCAUGUUAUAUUUUGUUUCUUCUGCUAAGAAACAUCUGAGAAAAAAAGGUUCUAUGUGUAUAAAAACAAAGUAUAUGGGGGUGAGGUAGAACGUUAUUGUAUAUAGCAUUUGCAGUUAUAUGAAAAUAGAUGGUGGUGAAUGUCAGAUAGGUUGAAGAUGAAAGAUUCUGAGCAGGGUUGGCCUUUUUCAAACACAAACUCUUUAGACUUCCUCCUUUACUCCUCCUCCUGUCCGUCUGUCUGCAUAGCUGCAGCUGGAGUCCCUCUCCUCCCCCUCCUCCUCCUCCCCCUCCUCCUCCCCACCUCGUCCUCCUCCUCUCCAGACCAAACAGCCUGACUGUGAUUACAGCCGGCCAUAUCCUCCACCCUCUCUCUCCACCCCCUCUGUCCACCCCCUCUCCACCUCGUGACCUCACAAUUCAUACACCUGUUGGCAAACACACGAAUGCCCUCUACUGGGAAAACAACCUCCUGUACACAGUGGGGGGAAAGUCACGAUGGCCACAGACAGGAAUUUACACUGCCCUCGAGCAUACAAGCUUUAAGGCUGAGAGAAAAUGUUGUGCAUCAAUCUGAUCCCCCUCUGGGAAUGGAAUGUGGCGCGUUUUGAAUUCACUCACGCUGUUUUUGGUACAAGGUCUCAGAAACCAUCCAUUCUGGUCUAUUUCAUUCUGAACUGUAGUUGGCAGUAAUACAGCGCUAGUCUAACAUGGUGCAUGUAUCUUACAUAUAAAUGUAUUCAGACACUUGGACUGCACAGUUGCUGUCUAGUCCACAUUAUCAGACAGGGAACCACAACAGAGUUUCCAAGUAGAGGAUCCAUGCUACAGUACUACCCCUUCCAAGUCUUUGUUUAUCUUAAUGCUAACCUCAUUGUUAGCAGAGACUUCUUUUUAUUUUUUGGUCACCCCCUCGCUGUGAAAGCCUCAUCUUGUUAUGAAAAUGUGGGUCACAGGUGAAAGGAAUUAGUCCAGGACGGUUUGGUCCUUGGAUAUGGCCCCUGCUCCGUGUUAUUCCGCCUGGCUGAACAAACAGUACUGAGGAGAGAGGGAGGAAAGAAGGGAUGGAUGAAGGACUGACGCCCUCUCGCUGACUCUCUCUGUCUCCCUGGCUGGGUGGCCCGGACGCCGGGGUACAGGGGGAGCCCCUUUUAUCCCAGGCAGAAUGGGGGGCAGCUGCUGUUGUUUGGGGCCUCCACUGCCCCAGGGUGUGCCCAGUACAGGAUCCCCCAUCUCUGUACCCUCCCCACCCCACCCCUCUCUCUCCCACAACCACCCCGCUCCCUCCCCUCUUCAACACACAUACACACACACACGACACACACUACACACUCAUCUCCAGUGCCAGAUCAGCUGGGGUCUUGCCUGUUGUUUUGAAGCUGCCCAUGAGAGCGAGCAGACACACAGCAGAGGAAAGAGGAAAGGGGGAAGAGGAAAAGGGAGCAUUGUGGAGUUGCCAGGGAGAAAAUCUUUUAUAGCCAGUGAGUGGGAUCCCAGAGAGUGAAUGUGUAAAUAAUUGUUUAAAAGAGACGGGAUCGGCGUCAGCUUAACUUCGAAGCUUCUUAUGCAUCUGCUAUAAAUGCAAAUUGAUAGACAUUCCACUGUGCUCCAAACCUUUCAAUGCAGAUUUCUAAAGCGCUCCCUUGACAAUAACAGGCCAAUCAAUGCCCAGGCAGAGUACAGUUCCUAUUUGUUACCAGCCACGUUAAGCCAGUAACAGUUAUUUUCACGAGGAGAAAAAAAACUAGACAGCUACUUUGAUGUCUGAAGUCUAUAUUGCAAAUUGACACCCUUCUAUUGCUCCAUAUAAACUUUUCCUGAAAAUAAGAAAUGCGAUAUUUAAUGUAUUAACUAAAGAUUUAUAUUCACUUUGUAUAUAUGGUAGUCAUUAAUAUAUUAGCUGUUCUUAUGAGUAAUCUUUAAAAGGUUAUAUAAAUUGGACCAGAACAGAGGCUCCAAACAGCCUAUAUGUUUUUUUCUUUUUUUUGCUUGAAUAAUAUUUGAAGAAUUCAGAGUUGACUUGUGUAUUUGGUUUAGCCCUGUUGAAGGGUGUAAAUUGGUGUUGAGAGUGAAAUGCAUGGAUUUGUGAUACCCAACCCACAGGACUGAAAUGGAAUAGGAACUGAAGGGCUUUUGCAACAGUACGCCCCCUCCCCACACUAACUGACUACUUAAUUUGUUGUGAAUUUCAUCUUGAUAGCUUACUGUGUACUGUAAAAAAACUUCUCCUCGUUCCUUCCUCCACUGACUUCCCUCCCCCGACAAAUUUUGAAAUGCUCUGAAUAUUUGUAGAAAGAAUAAUAAUUGAAAUUAAACAGAAAAUAAUUCCUGCAUGUGUUUCUACCCAUUAUGGUUUAUGUCUGUUGUCACCAAGCCACUCAAUGUUUAUUGUUGACGUAGUUGUUCCCUCUCCCAAACGCACAAACUGUUAAGGUCGCUGUUUAGCAUGAUGAUUUACGGGGCGAACAUGGGACGAUUUUCGAUUUAAUUGAAGUGAACUAAACAUUUGUUCAGCAGAAAAACCACCACCACACAAAUGUAGCCUCGUUUUGAUUGGGCUUUGACGAGAGACAUCAUGUUGGUGUGUGUGUUGUGGGCGUGUGUACCGUCUGCUUGGCAGAGACUGAAGCACGGUCGCUAAAGAGGGAUACACGUGUCCACGUUGCUCUGUGGUUGUGUGUGUGGUUGUUUAGUUUGACUUGCUGAGAUUUCACUCUUGGGGAAGGUCAUCCUUGUAAUAACUGAAUGCAUGGUUCUGAUGUGUUUACAUCAAUCACACGAUAAUCAGUAUUGUUUUAUUAUUGCCAUAAUUACCUCUCCAGCAGGCAACAGUUUAUAUUUAUUUUUUUUUACACAGGUGUUGGGGUGUCUGAUGUAUGUUUAAGUUUUUCUGUGUAAAUUGCGUUUUAUACACAGGGGGGUGCUGUAUAUCUACUUGGUUGUAUGCCAUAUUGAUAAUAAAACAAAGGACUAGAAGUAGGAGGAAGUAGGUGGAACAUUGGGCUGGGCUUUCUUGCAGUGUUAUGACAAGUUAGAUAUGCUUUGUACAGAUUUUUUUAUUGGUGUGCAGUUUGCCCAACUCACUUUUAAGGACUUGUUCUGGCCUACAUUGAAGUGUACAGUUCCUAGCAUUCGCAUACAGAAGUAGCAUACCCAAGAGUUGUGCCCUUGAUAUAUAAUUAGCUGGAGUCUAUAUAUAUAUAUAUAGAUAUAAAAAAUAUAUAAGAAUAACAAUCAAACGUAUAUAGGGCUCAUCAAAAACAAGCAGGAUUCCAAACUGUUGAAGGGAUCCAUUCAUGCUCUGUUGCGUUUAGGAUGACAAGCAGCAUUAUGAUAUAACAGUGUAGAGGACUAGGGUGUAAGCUACAACUGUGAUAUGAUUUCUAACAUGAUAAGGUUUGACUUGUUACUCGAGAUAGGCACACCAUGUUAAUCAAUGUGUACACCUUACACGUUAUAUUAGAAAGAUACAAUAUUUAUGGCUUUGUUUAAUGAUUUCAAACUUUAUUUUUCUCGAUGCUAUUCUGAAACAAGAAACACAGUGUCUGUGAAUGACCAUUGCAUACUAUGUUGCCAUGAAUACAGUGUGAUGAGAAGUUUGUUCUUGCAUGAAACGAGACACUGUUCUCCUACCUCAUGUUGUGAUAUAAAAUGUUUUUUAAGCAGAAGACACUGCAUCUCUAACCGUUCAUCAUAAUUGAUAUUUACUAGUAAACAACAUACCUGUAAAUGCUUUUAGCUAAUACCUCAGUUGUAUCUAGUGUUUUGUUUUGUUAGUUAUUUUCCACCCUUCCCCUGAUUUCAGAUAUUGUAUAUACCCUGUUUAGACAAUGAACUUGGAUCAAAUUCAAGUAAAGUUCUGUAGUGUCAAA